UCCACUUCCACUUCCCACUUCCACUCCAGAAAGCGCAGGCACGAUGGACGGCGAGGAGUCUCGACGGUGGCAUGUGGUGAUGGUGCCGUUCCCGGCGCAGGGGCACGUCGCCCCGCUUAUGCAGCUGGCGCGUCUCCUCUACGCCUGCGGCGCGCACGUCACCUUCGUCCACACCCAAUUCAACUACCGCCGCCUCCUCGGCGCUAAGGGCGAGGCCGCCGUCCGCCCGCCGUCCGCCACCGCAGCCCGCUUCCGCGUCGAGGUCAUCGAGGACGGCAUGUCCCUCUCCAUGCCGCAGCACGACGUGGCAGCCCUCGCCGACGCCGUGGGCCACAACUGCCCCGGCCCCUUCCGCGACCUGCUGAGGAAGCUCGCCGACGAGGAGCGCGCCGGGGCGCCCCCCGUCACCUGCGUCGUGGCGGACACGGCCAUGGCAUUCGCGGCAACCGCGGCCAGGGAGGCCGGCAUGGCGGACGCGCUCUUCUUCACGGCGUCCGCGUGCGGUCUCCUAGGGUACUCGCAGUUCCACGAACUGUUCAGGCGAGGGCUCCUCCCUCUCAAAGAUGGGAGCUGCUUGACCAACGGAUAUCUGGACACGCCGCUGGACUGGGUGCCGGGGAUGAAGAACAUGCGGCUCAGGGACAUGCCGACCUUCUGCCACACCACGGACGCCGACGACACCCUGGUGAACGAGAUCAUUGGGCAGAUGAAGAGCGCCGUCGGCUCCAAGGCUAUCAUCCUCAACACCUUCUACGAGCUCGAGAGCGAUGUGGUGGACGCGCUUGCCGCCAUCUUCCCGCCCGUAUACACCGUCGGGCCACUAGCCCAGGUCAUCGCCUCCUCCGGCGCCGCGAACGACGGCCUCGACGCCAUGGACAUCAGCAUCUGGCAGGAGGACCCGCGGUGCUUAACAUGGCUGGACGGCAAGCCGGACAAGUCGGUGGUCUACGUCAACUUUGGCAGCGUCGCCGUCAUGACGGCCGAGCAGACGCGCGAGUUCGCGCUGGGCCUGGCGACGUGUGGGUACCCGUUCCUGUGGGUGAAGCGACCUGACAUGGUAAACGGCGACGAAGUGGCGCUCCCGGAGGCGUUCCGCGACGAGCUGCAGCGCGGCGGGGGCCUGGUCGUGCCGUGGUGCCCGCAGCCGGCCGUGCUGAAGCACGCGGCGGUGGGUCUGUUCGUGACGCACUGCGGGUGGAACUCGCUUCUGGAGGCGGUGGUGGCCGGCCUGCCGGUUCUCGCCUGGCCGGUGUUCGCCGAGCAAACGACCAACUGCAGGCAGGUUCUUGAGUGCUGGCGGAACGGCAUGGCUCUUCCCGGGAAGGUGGAGAGCGGCGCCGUGUCGGGGCUGGUGAGGGAGAUGAUGUCCGGGGAGCUGGGGAAGGAGAAAAGGGCCAAAGCGGCGGAGUGGAGAGCUGCGGCCGAGGCGGCCGCCGUGGAAGGCGGCUCGUCGUUGCGCAGCGUCGCCCGACUGGUCAACGAUGUGCUGCUGCUCGGGAACAAGUGAGACAGACUGCAUCAUCCAUUGCUCAGUAAUUUUUUUUUUCAAAAAGGGGGAAUUCCCCGGCCUCUGCAUCUAUUGCUCACUUAUGUUACCACUGUUAUUCCUGUUUGAACUUUGAACGCGCGCAGUGCAGCGAAUGAUAUGUACACGAUGGACUUGGUUGCUGAA